AUGGACAUUAGCACAGCCGAGCUGUUGCUAUCGUAUGGGAAGGCCGGUCUACCUGUCGUCGUCUCCGGUAACUCGCCAAGGACGACCUUUUCAUAUUACACAGAGCAGAACGCUGCUGACGAGGAGCUGACUUCAAUAUUAUCCGAGAUCCUGAAUCUGUCAACAACACGGAUCGUUUCUGGGCCUCAAGCUGUCCCAGAGGCUCUAUCGGAGUUGGGCGUAUCCUCACGCACAGUUGGGGACGGCUAUCUCUACUGGAUCUACAACAACGGCGACGAGCAUCUCCAGCUGCCGGUUAGACUUGCAGGGGCCGGUGCACCGUACGAUAUCAAUCUGCGGACCGGCGAUGUGAAGCCCUUCGCUGCCUUCAAUACUAAGAACGGCUACGUCUCGUUGAAUGUUACGCUGGCACCCGAGGCGGUGGCUACCAUUUUCGCAACAACAUCGACGAACCAGACCAUUACACUCGACGCUACCGAUAUCCCGGAGUCCACCACGCCUUCUACGUGGACCUUGAGAGUACAGGAUUGGUCACCGCAAUACUCCAAUGCAACCGGUAACGCCUCGGUAGCAACAUCUAAGACUUGGCUUGCGCCCAUCCAGCUGACCUCGCCGCUUGUGCCGUGGACCAACAUUACCGGGCUCGAACAUGCAUCAGGCGUUGGCGUCUACAAUACCACCGUCACUUUGGAUGUCGGCAGCGGUGCGGAUCUGCGAGUGCUUCUUCAUAUGCCCGAGGUUGAAGGAUCGUGGGGACUCACGAUCAAUGGCCAAGAGGUGGAAGGUGUGGAUUGGUUCGCAAGCGAGCCGAUUGAUGUCACGGAUUAUGUGACAUUUGGCGCAAAAAAUGCUAUUGAGAUUACGGUUGCCACGAGCCUUUGGAACAAAUUAGUCAGUGUCUGGCCGGCCGUGUAUGGAUCAGAGGUGCCGGUGGCGAACGGACUGGCAGGAUCUGUCGUCCUGACCAUGGAAAAGAUUCUGGUUGUAUCUUAG